CAUUAAAUAAAGUAAACGUAAUUAGACUUGUAGAAUACCACAUUGGUGCACUAGAGCUUUCGUGGCAAACAGAAUUUCUUACUGGCUUGGCGUUACUGGACCAUCAUACAAUGUCGACACAGCAUGUAGCUCAAGCCUUUUCGCCAUGAUAGACGCUUAUAGAUAUAUUCGAUCUGGAGAAUGUGAUACUGCUAUUGUCGUUACCUCUAAUCUAUGCCUCAAUCCUAACGUAAAUUAUGGAUUUUAUUGUCUUGGGGUGCUGUCUUCUGAUGGUUAUUGUAAGCCUUUUGAUGAAGAAGGCACUGGAUAUAUGCGCAGUGAUUCAGUGGCAGCGGUGUUUUUGCAAAAGGCAAAAAAUGCCAAGAGAAUAUAUGCGACUUUCGUAUAUGGUAAAACAAAUUGUGAUGGCUUUAAAGAAGAAGGUAUCACCUUCCCAUCGUCCAAAAUGCAAACAUUAUUAUUGGAAGAAUUUUACGAAGAAUGUGGAAUAUCGCCUACUGAAUUAUCCUACCUGGAGGCUCAUGCAACCGGUACUAUAGCAGGUGAU